AUGCAGGUUCAACAACUCUUGCGUCUCAACCGUGUUGCAUCCUUGCAAGUGAUUGCUUCCAACCAAUCUCCUGAUGCUUCUAGGUCAGGGGUUGCCGACCCCAAUUCUAAAUUAAUCCCGGUGAUUUCAUUUCAGCUAGCCCAAAAAUAUGGUCCUGUCUUCAGUCUCUACAUCGGAGGAACGUUUGCGGUCUUCACUCAUGGGUUUUCUGCAGCCAAAGAGGUCUUGGUGACAAAAGGCAUAGAAUUUGCUGGGAGGGCAGAUAAUCCAAUAGUGGAUGAUAUCCUUAAGAAAAAAGGCAUAAUAUUAGCACCCUACGGCCCAGCAUGGAAAGAACAACGAAGGUUUUCACUGAUGCUUCUCAGGAACUUUGGACUGGGCAAAAAAUCAAUGCAAGAGAAGAUUUUGCAGGAGGCAACUUGUUUGAUUGAAGCAUUUGCUGAAAACUCAGAUUCACCUCUUGAUCCUCGUCCAUUUCUUGAAACUGCAGUCACCAACAUCAUGUCAUCCAUUCUGUUUGGGAAACGUUUUGAAAACGAUGACAACGUUUUGAGGACUGUGAUGGACGUGUCGCAUCAAAAUUUGAAAAUGAUGACGGGGCCCUGGGCCAUGGUACCCUUGAUAGGAGGCCAGGAAAAUGGUCAUGAUUCCCAGAAUGCUAAAAAUUGUGCAGAGCAGAAAGGUUCAAGUUUUGAAGAAGAACAAUUACUAAUUUUACUGAUGGACCUCUUGACUGCUGGAUCAGAAACAACGUCUGUAUCACUUCAAUGGGCAAUGCUCUAUUUGGUAGCCUUUCCAGAUAUCCAAGAGAAAUGCCAGAAGGAAAUAGAUGCUUUUCUGGGAAGUAGUUCCAACCUGAAAUAUGAAGAUCGGGAAAAACUGCCAUACACAAAUGCCGUCAUUCAUGAAAUCCAGCGCUGUACAACUGUUGUUCCUCUCGGAGUAGCUCACACACCCAUCCAAAAUGCACAGCUUGGGGGCUAUCAAAUUCCCAAGGUAAAACUGGGAAUUUUUACUGGUCUUUGGUUUUCAGGACCAAGGGUUUGCUUAGGAGAAAAUCUGGCUCGGAUGGAGCUCUUCCUCUUCCUCACCAGCAUCCUGAGAAAUUUCCAGCUCUCUUGGCCAGAUAAAUCCCAGGCACCCAAUUUCACACCUAACUUGGGUGUCACACUAUUCCCUUCAAGUUUUAAAAUAUCCGUGAAAGGCCGCCAGGAGAGUGACUAGAUCGAGAGAAGGUUUCCCCAUCACUCCAGGCAAAGUCAUUCUCUCCAAAAAGAGACCGACGACACCAGAAAGAUCCAGAUGAAAUUCGUAGGCUACGUGGUUUAAAACAGUCACACGAAGAAAAAAGUUAUACUGGCUAAUCUGAAAAAUGUAUCUUCAAUAUUAUAAACUUGAUUUAGAAGAAAUAAUGCUGUUCUUUGGGUGUAAUCAUGGUAUAUGGGUUGGGAGACAGGAGGAAGUGCUGCAGACUAGGCAAU